AUGUCGGCGCCCAUGGGUCUCUACCGGGCUCUAGGGCGGCGAUGGAGGGCCCUGCAGCAAGGGCGAGGGCGGCCGCUGGCGAGGGCGGAGAGCGGCUGUGCCGCCGCAGGGAGAAGCCGGCUGUACGAGCACGUGCGGAACGGCUGGACGGCGCGGCCCAGGCUGGACGUAGAGGCCCUGAACGCCCAGCAGGACGGGGCGGAGCGGGAGCUGGAGAGGCGGAAGGGGCCGCUGGAGCCCGGGGACCUGCGCCAGAUUCUUGCUACUUGGAAGAGGCUAGUUGAGGUGCAGGAGGAGAUCACAAAAGUCGAAGCAGAGAAAGCUGAAGUAGCUGAAGGGGUGCGGAAUCUUGUGAAAAGCCAAGAGAGUACUACUUUGCAGUCGCUCCCUAUUUACAACGCUUUGCGGGAGCGUGGGAGAGAGCUCCGCCUGAAGCUGAACGUCUUGCACCAGGAGGAGAUGGUGUUGGAUGAAAAGUACUACCUGAGUGCCCUCAAGUUGCCCAACAGAACCCACCCUGACGUGCCAGUCGGAGAUGAGAGCCAAGCACAAGUGGUGGAGGUUGUCGGCAAGAAACCAGCUUUUGACUUCAAGGUGAAAGGGCACCUAGAAAUCGGAGAAGACCUGGAUAUCAUACGGCAAAGGCGCCUGUCCCACAUCUCGGGCUACCGGUCAUAUUACCUCCGUGGCGCAGGGGCGCUGCUCCAGCAAGCCUUGGUGCAGUUCACUCUCAACAAACUGGUGAAGAAGGGCUUCAUUCCGAUGACUGUCCCAGACCUACUUAAAGGAGCAGUCUUUGAAGGCUGUGGCAUGCUCCCCGAUACCAGCCCCUCCCAAGUGUACAACAUAGACCCUUCUCGCUUCGAGGAUCUGAGUCUGGCGGGCACCUCUGAGGUCGGAAUUGCAGGGUACUUCAUGGAUCAUGCUGUAAAUCUAGAAGACACGCCAGUCAGGACGGUGUGUUCUAGCACAUGCUACAGAGCAGAAACAGACACCGGGAAGGAGCCAUGGGGACUGUAUAGAGUGCACCAGUUCACCAAGGUGGAAAUGUUUGGGAUUACCGCAAAUGAGACUGGAACAGAGAGCAUGGCCCUGCUGGAGGAAUUUCUGGCUCUGCAGAAAGAAAUCUUCUCUGAGCUAGGCCUACACUACAAGGUCCUGGAUAUGCCCACACAGGAGCUGGGCCUGCCUGCUUAUAGGAAAUUUGACAUCGAGGCCUGGAUGCCAGGCCGGGGCAAGUACGGAGAGAUCUCCAGUGCCUCCAACUGCACAGACUAUCAGAGCCGGCGGCUGAACAUCAUGUACUAUGACCGGAAGGGGCAGUUCCAUUAUGCGCAUACGGUCAAUGGCACAGCCUGCGCUGUUCCCCGAAUGCUCAUUGCCAUUCUCGAGUCCAACCAAUGCAAGGAUGGUAGCGUUCGGGUGCCGGAGAUCCUGCAGCCACUGAUGGGCAUGGAGAUCAUUGGCAAACCUGGCUACACUCCACUGAAAUACAUCGGCCCAAAUCAGCCCAAGAAACACCGACACUGCAGUGAGAAAAACUGAUGUACGCUAACAGAGUGGAGAGGACCGACCCUUCAAGCCCCAGACUGGGGGGAGGAUGGGGGACAGACAUAAGCUGCCUCUAGGAGCGUCGCUACCGGUGUGGGGCUUAAAUGCUGAUGGAAAGUGACCACCCCAGAUGGCCCAUGGCUAGGGAGGGCUGAUGAACUUCUUUGUGUUUGGCACAUUGUGAUUUGGAGAUUCGAUAUCCAUCUUGGGGGAAAUGGUCUGAGCCAUCCAGAGCUUUCCCAGAAGGAACGGGUCCCGGUGUCGCAUGCCUUGCCAGACCCAAUGUGUGGAUUGUAUGUGUGUGGGGCGGGGUCCGUUUUCCUAUCUGGUGCUCCUGAGAACGUCUAUCCCCUCCCCCUUUUAACAGAAAUCUGGCUUUGCUCCUUUAAGUUGUCUUCUUAACCCCCAUCACGCCCCCCCCCCCCGGGCUGGGUGCUAUUCGGUUUGUGGGGCAGGUUCUAGUUUUGGCAGGAGAGGAUCAAUCAGCCGAUGAAACGGGAGAUGCUCCUAGAAUAAAAUGAAAUAAAAUCAU